CCACCCCGUGGCCGGGGGGAAGGGAGGGGAAGGGCUCCAGCUGUCACAGUGGAGGGCCUGCUGACUAAUAAUCUUAGCUAGCACUUUUCAUCUGUAGUUCUCAGAGCGCGUCACAAAGGAGGGUCAGGAUCAUUACCUCCAGUUUACAGAUGGGGAAACUGAGGCAGGAGAGGUGACUCACCCCACAGGGCGGCAGCAGGAAGGGGAAGCAUGGUCACCAGAGGCUCGAUCCAGUGGUCUGUGCACUAGAAAGUGAUGACCCCCCAGCCCCAUCUCCCAGCCUGCCUUUCCCCUGGGCAGCAGGGAGGCUGGGACAGUAACCCUUUAAUAGGGAAGGGAGUAGAGGGUGGAGCCAGAAAUUUCCAUGGAUAUUGGGUGGGGCUGAUGUUUGACAGCUGGGGCACCUUAGAGACUAACCAAUUUAUUUGAGCUGGGGCAGGGUAAACUGAGGCUGGGUCACUUCACGGGGGCAGGGCUAUGUCCCAGCCAUAGACCCAGCCAUAGAGUAGGAGGAGAGAGAGUUGAUCACUGGAUAGAUUAACUUCCUCAGCCUCUGGGGCCGUGACUCAGGGCAGCGACUUGCCUCCGAAAUGGAGGGGAUCUUAGGUCAAACACUAGUGAGAGGGGGAAUGGGGGGGAUCCGUGAGGAGAUUUUCUGUCACUAUUUGAUCAUUGGAGAGCAAAGCAGGAUCAGUGGGACGGGAUUUUUGUAUCCAUCUUUGGUGACGAGCUCAGGGCCAGAUUCUUAGUCUGGCAUCUGAUCCGAGCCGGAUUCUGAUCUCAGUGACCCCUCGUGGGAAGGAUAGCGAAAAGCAAAGCAGACCUCCCUGACCUGUUGAGUGUCGCCCACCUCCUGAGAGUUCAGGGCAGACUGCAAGCCUGGGGGAAAUGACCAAGGAGCUGAGAACAUGCAUGGACCUCGCCCUGCAGGGGUUCAAGGAAGAGCCCUCGGGACAACGCCCAGAUAUUGAUCCAGUGCAAAGGAACGAUGUUGGAAUUUAAAUCUGGAGAUGGGGAAACGAGAUCUACGUGUAUUACCGCAACGGGGUGCCGCAGUACGACAUGGAAGAGCCAACCGUGGAGGUGUAUCUGGCCUGGCUGCGCUCCUACCUGGAACGGCUCCCGGUGGAGAACCUGCUGAGGGUACAGAACCGACUGCAGGCUGGGGAAAAGACGACCGAGCUGCUGAAACGGGUGCAAAAAGGAUGGAGACCACCGCCCUAAGAGAACAAAAGCCAUGCAGGUAAUGAGACCAUUCGAAACAACCAGCCAGGGGGUUUAUACAGAGUGUCUCUUGUCAGACACCCACACGAGCGGUUUAAAAAUCACCAUUUCACCCCCAGUGAAAUCUAUGUUGGGUUUUGUUAAUUCACUUUCUGGCUUCUGAGCCUUAACUUGGAAAUGUGACCCUGUGACUGGGGUCCCGGGGGGCCACUCCGAGAGUGCGCAAGCAGGGCAAAUGGCAAAGAAUGGGGAGAGGAUCCCCCAAACUGGUGGUUUAUUCUAACAAUUAGAGUCACCCAGCCAGUAACAAAACAAACACCUUCCUGGCUACCCAGAAGCCAAAACUGCCGUUCCCUUGACAUAGGGCUUGUCUCGAUGGGAGAAACGAACCACCAUCGCUGCUCUGGCAUAAUUAUUCCAGUAUAAUUUAGCUCUUCCAGAAAAUGUGAUAUAUACCUGUGACGGGUUUGGUCACAGAGAUCCCCUUGGGACUGUCUCCUGAUGUGCUGAAAUUACCACUGAUCCUGUUUUCCCUAGGACCCCAGUACCCUGUUUUGUUGAGUCAGACACAUUAGCCCGCUACAACACAGACUGAGGGCCCGGGCCAUGCCCCCAAAGCUGCAGACCUUAAUUGAAAACAGCUUAGCAAGUUACCUAUCUCCAGCACUCAGAUACCCAACCCCAAGGGGGUCUAAACCCCAGAAAAAUCAGCCUUACACUGUAUAAAAUUUUGUAUGGUACAAGUUCAUGUUGGUCGUCCUCUUUAUCAAAGAAAGAGAGAGAUGCACAAACUGUUUGCCCCCCAGGUAACAGUUACUUACACUGGGUUUAUUAAUAAGCAAAAGUGAUUGUAUUGGGUAUAAAAGGUAGGAUUUAAGUGGUCAUAAGAGAUAACAGACAGAACAAAGUAAGUUACUGAGCAAAAUAAAACAAACAUACAAGGCUAAGUUUAAUACACGAAGAAACUGGUUACAAAUGAUAACUUCUCACCCUCGAUGUUAUUUCAGGUAAACUCUUUCUCAGGUCAGUUGCUUUUUCUGACCUGGCUAGAGCCUGUCCUCUCCCACCCCUGUAGUUACCGUCCUUUUGUUUCCAGGUGCUUUCAGGUAUCUCUUUGGGGUGGGGAGUCCAUCUCUUAAGCCAGAUGAAAACCCUCUUUGUUUGCUUCCCCUGCCUUAUAUAGAAUUUCCCUAAGGCGGGAAACCUUUGUCUGAUGUCCCACCUCCCUGUGGAAAAAUACCAGCUUCAAGAUGGAUUCCAGGAUCAGGUGACAUGGUCCCAUGUCUCUGUAAGACCCCAGUCUCCAUUAUUUAUGGGCUCACCCACAGGUACGCAGGAAGGCUUGCAGGUAAACAAAAUCAUUCGCAGCCAAAUGGGAGCCAUCAAGUUCCUAAAUCACCAUUAAUGGCCCUGAGAUUUAUCCUUCAUAUUCCUAACUUCUAAUACAGGAAUGAUACACACAUACAAUGGGAAAAUCACAAUUCAGUAGAUUACAACUUUCGCAAUGAUACCUCACAUGAGACCUUUCACAUAAAGCAUAUUCCAGUUCUGUCAUAUCCGUAUUCAUAAGCAGAUUUUCAUAAAGCAUAUGGAGUGCGACGUCAGCAUACAUCCAUAGCCAGGCGUGGAGACACAGCUACACACGUGGAGAGCUGAUAAAUGAAGAGAUAAUGAAAUGUGUAAAACGUAGGAAUUCUGGUUGAAUUGUUUUCCAGUUGCUGAAUCAUUGCAGGGCUAUUGAAUCUUCAGAAGCUAUUUUACGGAGCUGUGACAGAAGCUACAGAAUCAGGGAGCAUUCAAAGACUGUCGUGUUAGCUUUAUAAAAGGUUCGGUGUAUCUUGCUGGGUUUGUUACUGGCUGUAUUCAUGGCUCUAGGCUUCCUGCAAGAUUCUGCAGAGGGAUCUGAAUGCCAAAACAACGCAGAGAACAAGAAUUUUGACGUUUCACCCCUUUGGGGGAAAAGUUUCAGGCUGGCGUGACCUGGUUCAAAAAGUUUAAGACGACAGAGGACAUGAAAACUGAUCUAAAAAUGACAGGGAGAGAAAGACCUGAUGGAGAACUGAUAGGCGUGAGACCGUGACUCCCAGAACUAGGCCUUAUGGGAGGACCCGAGGUCUCUUCCAAUCCUAAACUAUCAUUCUAUGUCCUGGUAAGCUUGGCACACAAAGAAGCUGUUCAUUGUUUUAAGAUCAGUUUUCUCUGCAAUGCUCUUGUCCUGAAUAAAUAGUAUUUUGCUUCAUGAAAGCCACCUGGCCACUGGAUAUCCCUGUAAUUGACCCCAACGAUAACAGAACUCCGCCCACAAUUUCAACUCCGCCCACCACCCAAGCUCCACCCUCUCACAAAAGAUUGCGCGGAUUUUAUAAUAGGCUAAUCCCCUUUUCUUCUUGACUGCUUGGACCAACAGCAAAAUAGUUAACCAUCAAACCAUAUAGUCGCCAUUAGGUUCCAGAGUUAACAACCUCCUGAAGGGAGUCGGAGUAGCUCACAGCCUUCAGAUUCAGACAGAUGUCACAGCCUCAGUGAUACAAGUUUGAAUUUUUCAUCGUCACCACAAAGGCCAGAGAUGACGUGUUUUAAAUGAAAGCGGAGAGGUGGGUUUGUGGGAGUGUGUGUUGAGUCACGUGUGUUCUGAGUGUGUCUCUGCAGUGUGUAUUUUGUUAUCUGCGGAUGGUUAUGUGUAUGUUGCAUAGUUGAUCUGUGCGUGUGUGUUGAUCUGUGUCUCUGUUGUAUAGAUGUGUCAUCUGUGUGCACUUCGUACACGUUUUCGUUGUGUCUGCGUUGACAUUUUGUGUAGGCUGUGUGUGGGGGGGUUGAUUUGUGUUGGUUUUGUGAGUGAGCGGCCUGUGUUGAUGUGUCUGCUGCCUGCAGGCAAGUUGGUCUGUGCGGUGUUUGAGUAUUUGGCUGUCCGUGUGUGUGUUAAAGACCCAACACACUCCCUCUCAUGUCCCACCUCCCUCCCUCAGGUAGCUUUGAGCCGGGCUUCCAGCCUGUUUGGCUCGGGGAACCCCCAGCUCCGAUUACAGCAACCGGAGUCAGCGCCUGUGUUAUUCAGAGCUAAAAAUAAGGGUCUGAGAGCUUGACAUUUGGAAAGAAAGUGAAAGCAUCGGUUGUUGAGAGGCAGGGGACGGAAGCUGGGACAAUUCCCCCGGACGCUUCCCCAAACCUGGCAGGUAGGUCACAUUCCUCUUCCUUUCCUCAUUGUGUCUGUCCCUGCCAUCCCAGCUCAGCUCUGUCAUGGUCCCCAUGUCCCUUCACCCCCGGGUGCCCUUGGGAACGGGCUAGCUCGUUGUGUGGCCUGAAUUACCCCUUGCACUCUGAGCCUGGGGGAGCCGGGAAUACAAAGUCUACGGGCGAGAGGAGUCCCUUCGCCGUCCUGUCCCACCGCUCAGGGGGCCUCGGGGAAGAGCCACGUUCAGCGUCGCCUCUCAAGACAGCUCUGAAAGUUCAACACAUUUCUGCCCCUCUUCCCGCAUUGUCGACACGAACAGGCCUCAGCUGGGAGGGAGGGACCAGGAGCAGGAAGUUCCUGCUGCAGGCGAAGGUCUUCGCUUCUCCGUGAACCUUACCCUUAGUUUCAGGAGUUGUGCAGGUGGUAACGGUCUGGUUCAAGGGCUGUACCAGCUAUAGGAAGAGUUAAAUUAAGACCCCACUCCUGUUCCGGCUGCCCGUUGGGCUCCAGGCCUGUUCUGGCUGCCCGAAGGGUUGCCAACCCUCCAGAUUGUCCUAGAGUCUCUAGGAAUUGAAAAUUAAUCUUUAAUGAAAGAUUAUGUCACGUGAUGAAACCUCCAGGAAUACGUCCAACCAAAACUGGCAACCCUACGUUGGGUGUGGGCCCCGGGCCCAUUCCAGCUUCCUGUUGGGUCUAGGUGGCCAGUUUUGCUUGGACGUGUUCCUGGAGGGGUCAUCACAUGACACAAUCCUUCAUUAAAGAUAUAUUUUUAAUUUCUGGAGACUCCAGGACAAUCCUGGAGGGUUGACAACCCUACGUUGGGCAUGGGCCUCGGGCCCGGUCCGGCCUCCCGUUGGGCGCAGGCCCCGGGAUAGCUCUUUGAAGGCCCUCAGGAGUCAGAGUUCAAGUGAGAGGCCUGUUGAGUAACUCAGGGGGGUGGGAGAAGCAAAGGACUUUGGACUAGGUGGUGAGUCGGUCACCGUGGAGGAGGCACGAGAUGGGGAGAGCACAGGGGAGCUGGGAAGGACGGGGAGGCGGUGUCUAAAUUCAGUGCCCUUCUCAGAACCAUCUUCCCUUAUGUUCCAGCUGGAAACACCAGUCCCAGGACAGGAGGGCAGCUGGGGAUGGAGGGACACGGCCCCUUUGCUGGGACCCUGCGUCCAGCUGAGACAGAGGAGACAGACCAUCCCUCACGCACACCCAGCAGGAGGCUCCAGGAGCUGGAAUUACAGGUCCAAUGUCCGUGACAUUCGCCAACCUCACGGCCCUCAAACUGAGACCAUUGUCCCUUGCGGUGUCUUCAGGUCCCAACCUAAGGAAUUGCAACAGAGCGUGAGCUUGGCUGCGAGGUCCAGGAACCGGGAACCAGAGGAAACCAGAAUGAACUUGAGGAGCUGCGUGAGGCUGAUCUUUGACUUCCUGCGGGGAACAUGGAGCAUCCUGGCGCCCUGCAUCCGAGCUCAGAUUUGGCCGAUACUCUUGUCCUUCACCAGGGGCUUGAAGGACGUGGUCAAGGGGGUCUUGAGAUUGCUGUUGAGCCAGACACAUCAGACACUGGUGUUGUUACUGCUGCCUAUAGUGAUAGGACUCGUGGUAUUUUUCUUUCCCCACGUGACAGUGAAUUAUGAAGCUGGAGAACCAGAACCGUUAAGUGUUGCUGACCUGCUGAGAGUGCAGGGCAGACUGGAAGCCCGGGGGAAAAUGACUGAUGACCUGAGAGCCUGCCUGGACCUCGCCCUGCAGGAAUUCAUGAGGGAAACCCCAAGCAUCCAGGACAACGCCAAGAUGUUGAUCCAGUGCAGAGGAACAAUGUUGGAAUUUGAAUCCGGAGACGGGAAACAUGAGAUCUACGUGUAUUACCACAAUGGGGAGCCCCGGUAUGACAUGAAAGAGCCAACCAUGGAGGUGUAUCUAUCCCGGCUGUGCUCCCACCCGGAACGGCUGAGCGUUGAGAACCUGCUAAAGGUGCAGAAUCGACUGGAGGCCGGAGGGAAGAUGACUGAGGUGCUGAGACGAUGCUUUGAACUCGCCUUGGAGAAAUUCCCCAAGGAGCCGGUGUACCUGCAGAACAAGGCCCGGCUGGUGAUCAGCACGGUGGGAAAGAGGACGGUCUUUCUCUCUGGAAACGGGGAGAAUGAAAUCAAUGUGUAUCCCGACAACACGGGGCUCAUUCAGUACGUGGUCAAAGUGCCGGGAUGGUGGGCCUGGGUAGCCAGGAAUAUGGUGACCAUAGCUCUCGUUACAAUCCCGGUCUUCAUUUGCCCAAUGAUAAUCUAUCAGAAGACUAGGCAACGUCGUUAAAAACCACUUAACUUUAGAAAACUCCUGACAAACCCAGGGUCCUCUAUUCAUUAUUGCCAACUCUUGUCAUUUAAUUGCAUCUCUCACAAUAUAUGUACCUUUCCUUAAGGCCGCCUGCCAUUCAUUGUCUACCUGAUAAUUUCAGCUUCCCUUCAAAGUACAAAGUAAGCUUCUAGCUCUUACAGUAGCUGAGAGAGCCACGGGAACGAGAUCACUAGCGGCUCAAUCCUUAGAAAUGGAAUGAACAGAAUCCAGCACAAACAGAAAACGGAAUAACUGGCUAGGGGGGAAGUAUUUCGGAAAAGGAUCCGGGGGUUAUAGUGGAUCACACAUUGAAUACGAGCCAAUAAUAUGAUGUAGGUGCAAGAAAAGGCUAAUAUUUUGGGGUGUCCUAGCGGGAGUGUCCAAUGUAAGACAUGGGAGGUAACUGCCCUGCUUGGCACUGAUGAGGUCUCAGCUGGAGUCCCGUGUCCAGGUCUGGGCGCCGCACUUUCAGAAAGGUGUGGAUAAAUUGGACAGAGUCCAGAGGAGAGCAAUAAAAGUGAUAGAAGGUUUGGAAAACCUGACCUAGUGAAGCAAAUGCCAAGAUGUCUCUUGAUUUCAGGAAGCGUUCCAACGGGCUCCAAAUGCAUAUCACAAAACCAUAUACACAUUAUUCCCAAGAGCUAGUCAUUUGAUGCUGGUACACGACAAAAUUCAUUGCCAAAGAAGCAAUGGCCAGUCGUACAUCAAAAUCCAACACACACUCUUCCAUUCUGAGCAUGGUAACUAUGUACUGACCAAGCGACGUAUGGUGAUUUUGGUCCAUACCUCGUUUCCAGGCAAUCCACGGCUCUGCACGCAUGUUCCAUUUGCUCUUUCGUGCUGUUCCAGCUACUUCGCAGGUACAAUUAAAAGAAAAAAAAACCUUUACUUAAAAGAAACAAAACAAACCUAUACUGGGCGGAAUAGCAAAACCCGAAAGAGAGUAAGUGAAAAGGACGGACUGACGCUACAGAGAUGAGAAUAUAGAUCGAUAUGAAGAGAAUGUGACAUGUAGGUAUGAAGACACGAAGAAGCAUAAAUGAAUAAUAGAGAGGGUGCAAUAAAUGAGAGAUAACAAAAGCCUGAUAUAGACAGACAGGAAGAGAACAACAGUGAUCAGAAAGAUUGGUGUGGAGACACUGUGAUAGACAGAUGUGAAAAGAGAGUGAAAGAUUAGAUACGUACGGAGAGAGGGAUAAAUUAAGAGAUACAGAAAGAUAUAUAAAGUUGCAAAGAGAGAGUGACAGACAGAGCUGAGCAUAGAAACAUGAGAACAUGUAAGGAUGGUGUAAGUGACCAGGGCGUAGGCGGUCUGGCCUAGUGGUCACAGCUGGGCUGAGUCUCCCCACCAGGGACGGGAGUCACCAGGGCAGAGCUGGAAGAAUUGCAAGGCCAGGUCCCAGAAACAAGAAUCAGGGUGAGGCCGGCUACCAGGUUAGAAUCCGGGGGAAGAAUUAGGGUCAAGUCAGGCUAGAGUUA